GGGCGCGGCGCCGGCCCGGCGGAGCGUCCCCCGCGGAGCGCAUGGAGCGGCGGUGGGUGCCCCUGGCCCUGCUGGGGCUGGGGCUGUGCUGGGCGGCGGCGGCCGAGCGCCACACCGUCUUCUGGAACAGCUCCAACCCCCGGUUCUUGUGGAGUGACUAUGCGGUAGAGGUGCGUCUCAACGACUACCUGGACAUCAUCUGCCCACACUAUGAGGAGGGGAGCGUGGACCCCCGCGCCAUGGAGCGCUACACCCUGUACCUGGUGGAGCUCGAGGAGUACCAGGCCUGCAAACCCCGCUCCAAGGAGCAAAUCCGCUGGGAGUGCAACAAGCCCAGCGCCCUGCAUGGCCCCGAGAAGUUCUCAGAGAAGUUCCAGCGCUUCACCCCCUUCACGCUGGGCAAGGAGUUCAAGGAGGGGCACAGCUACUACUACAUCUCCAAGCCCAUUCACCACCAUGGGGAAGCGUGCCUGAAGCUGAAGGUGACCGUAGCUGGCAAAGGCACUCAGGCACCGCCUGUCCCUGCCUCUACCCAGAAGGGGAGGAUCCAGGCAGAUGAUGCAGCUGCACACGUGCUGAGGAGCGUGGGGCAGAACUCGGCGAUGAGGGGCAGCAGUCCCUUCACUUUCAUCAGCCUCCUCCUGCCCCUCCUGGUGCCGCAGGGGCUGUGAGCCACGUGCCCUGUGCCUGGAUGGACCAAGGCUGCAGCCGCUGGGGAUGGAGCCAGGAUGCUCGGGACCCCCGUGGUCCUCACACAUGCUUGGAGCGGCCUUGCCUGUGUAUCUCUGGGCGAGGAAAGGAUUUGUCAGUAUUACUGGGCCAGAGGGGCCCGAAGCUGAGCUGAGCAGCCAAAGCCCUCAGGCUACCCCAGUUCCCCCUGGCCCUCACAGGCAGGAUGUGCUCAGCAGCUGGAGGCAGCGUGAGCCUGGGGCUGGAGAGGCUGUGUGCCCUGGACUAAAGGGGAUCAGGGGGCUGGCACCCCUGCCCCAGGAGCUGGGCUCGCCCAAGGACAGCCCUUGGGUCUCUCCCUGCUGCGGGCUAAGACUGUGACAUGUCCUGCAGGCAGGGACAUGGUGCUGGCCCUGUGGCCAACUGGAUGCCACCGGCACUCACUGCGGCAGUGCCCUGGGGCUAUGGUCCCUUGGCUCUGAGAGCCUGGAUGUGCUCAAGAUGCCUGGCAGUGGGGCUGUAGGGAACACCCCCUUUGCCACUGUGCUGUGCCCCUUCCCCAUCCUUCAUCCUGCUGUGCAUGGGGGUGGCGAGAGCUGCCCCCACCCUGGCCCUCCCCCUCCCCUCCCCUCUGCCCGGUGCUGGAGGGGCACCCCGCAGCAGCACCCAGUGUGGGGUGUUUUGCCUGCCCUGGUUUGUACAGAUUUCUAUUAUGGGAUUUUUUAUACGAUUGUCUUGAAUAAAUAACAAACGCUA